UGUCCUCCAGGUCUGUUCACCGCCCCGGUGAGAGGAGCGUACUACUUUGAGUGGUGGGUGGGGGCCCAUGGGGACAACGGAGUCCACCCUGGAGCUGCUGUGCUGGUGAAGAACUCGGAGAAGAUCGCCCUGGCCUAUGAGCAACAGACCCAACACUACGGGACGGCGUCUAACGGCGCCAGCCUGCUGCUGGAGGCAGGAGACCAGGUGUUUGUGCGUCUGUGGGCGAACAGUCGGGCGUACGACAACGAAAAUCACCACAACACCUUCAGUGGACACCUGCUGUUCCCCAUGUGAGACGGACACUGCAGCUCUGUGACAGGUUGCUGUUGUCUU